GCAGCGGCGACUCUAAACAUGGAUUCUGUGGACAAACUGGAAGAAGUGGCGUCAAAAGAGACUCUUCAGCAGACUCGGAAGGGGCUGCGAUUCUGGGCCAUAAUGGUCGUCCUCGCUUUGACGAGCCUUCUGACUUCUUUGGAAGCAACGGUCACCUCGACGGUUUUACCGGUCAUCGUCGCUGAUUUGGGCGGAGGCGACAAUUACAUCUGGGUUGCCAAUGCAUACUUUUUAACCAUGGCUGCUCUUCAACCUAUGUUUGGGCAACUCGCUAACGUAUUCGGUCGGAGGUGGCCUAUCAUUUUGUCGACGGUCGCUUUCGUCUUUGCGAGUGGUAUAUGUGGGGGAGCCUCAAACAUGGCCAUGAUGAUCGCCGGCCGAGCUAUACAGGGUGUUGGAGGGUCCGGCGUCGGUGUCCUUUGCGAGAUCAUAAUAUGCGACUUGGUGCCCCUCCGCGAGAGAGGUUUGUACAUGGCCAUCGUGUUUGGCAUGGUCUCUCUGGGAGCGGCACUUGGCCCCUUGUUCGGCGGGCUUAUUGUUAGCUAUAGCAACUGGCGUUGGGCCUUUUACAUGGCUUUGCCAAUCGGCGGUCCCGCACUGGUGCUGUUGGUUGUCUUCCUGCACGUCAAAUACGACAAAUCAAUGACCCUAGCUACCAAGCUUUCCAGCCUUGACUGGCUGGGCAAUGCCGUCUUCAUCGGCGCUUCAACCUCGGUGCUUAUCGCUCUCAGCUGGGCAGGUGGCGAGUAUCCAUGGUCUUCGUAUAAGGUCCUUGUGCCACUGAUAAUCGGCAUGGUCAGCCUGGUAGGCUUCGUUGCGCUCGAAGCGACUCCCUUCACCGCCAACCCAAUGAUGCCCCUUCACCUCUUUGCCAACCGCAUCACAGCGGCCGUUUUCCUCCUCACCUUCCUCCACGGUCUUGUCACCAUGUGGGCCUUCUACUUCCUCCCUGUCUACUUCCAGGGCGUUCUCAACGCAACCCCCUACCGAUCCGGCAUCAUGCUCCUGCCCACAAUCCUCUCUCUGGUCCCCGGCGCCAUCAUCGGCGGUGUCCUGCUCACAAAGCUCGGUCGCUACAAGCCUAUUCUGUUCGUUGCCUUUGCCCUCAUUGUAGUUGGCUUCGGCCUCUUCUCGCUCCUCGACCAGAACUCCUCCACGGGCGCCUGGGUCGCCUUCCAGAUCAUUGAGUCCUUCGGCGCCGGCCUCGCCUUGCCCGUAUUGCUCCCCGCCCUUUUGGCCCCCAUGACAGACAAGGACACCGCCGUUGCCACAGGCACUUGGGCCUUUAUGCGUAGCUUCGGUGUCACCUGGGGCGUUGCCAUUGCUGGUACAAUCUUCAGCAACCGCGCUGCCCAGCUCGCUGGCUCGGGUGCCAUUGGCAGCAACGCCACUGUCACUGCCCAGUUCAUGGCGGGUGGCGCGUACCAGGAUGCCACCGCGAAUUUCCUCGACUCGCUCUCGCCGCAGACACGCGCCCAGGUCGUUGCGGUUCAAAGUAUCGCGCUGCAGCGCUCGUGGCAGGUUGCUAUCGCCUUUGGUGGGCUGGGGGUCAUCGCUGCUGCAGUGGUCAAGGAGGUGCCACUUAGAAAAGAACUUGAUAGUGACUUUGGCAUAACGGAGAAAGACAACUCCAAUGACGAGAUGGCAGAGACCACUGAGAAGGGGGCGCCCAGCGGCCACACCGUGAUAUCUACCUAG